AUGCUGUUUCGCAACAUCCACCUAUCGUUUAACACUCAGUUCCGCAUUGCUCAGAUGGCCGCUCAUCUGUCCGGCUCGCAUACAAGAAAUGGAAGCAGCAAUUCGGUUACGGCAGGAGUGUCUCUAGAUGAACUCCCCAAAUCCAAUAAUUUCACAUCAAAACUGCCAGCAGAUCCCGCUUUUGAAACCCCGGAAUCCUCUCACAAUGCGCCCCGCGAAGCACUUGGACCACGGCUGGUUAAAGGCGCUUUGUUUACCUAUGUCCGCCCUGAGCCGACAGAUCAACCAGAGCUGUUAAGUUUUUACGCCUGUCUUUCGCUGGCAAUUCGAGCCAUCAGCCUCUUCGAAUCAACGAAUCCUGCUACGAAAAUCCGAUAUGAGAUUCAGAUUAAAGGGGCUGGUAGAACUCCUUAUUCUCAGUUUGCCGAUGGAAAAGCCGUUCUUCGCUCAAGCGUCAGGGAGUAUAUAGUUUCAGAAGCUUUGAAUGCUCUGGGAAUACCUACAACACGCGCCCUUUCGCUCGUGUUAUUGCCCAAUUCCAAAGUGCGGAGAGAACGGCUAGAGCAUGGUGCCAUUGUGACUCGUUUUGCUCAAUCUUGGAUCAGGAUCGGAACUUUUGACCUUCCCGGAUCCCGCGGUGAUAGAGAUCUCUCCAGGAAAUUGGCGACCUAUGUAGCAGAGGAUGUUUUUCCUGGUUGGGAAUCCCUUCCAGCCGCUCUAUCUGCUGUAUCGCCUGACGUAAAAGAUGCACCGUCUGUCGAUAAUCCUUUGCGAGGUGUGCCUAAAUACGAAAUUCAGGGAGAGAAAGGCACGGAGGAGAACCGCUUUAGCCGCCUCUAUCGAGAGAUAGUUCGACGUAAUGCAAAGACCGUUGCCGCAUGGCAGGCGUACGGUUUCAUGAACGGAGUGUUAAAUACUGACAAUACGUCCAUUAUGGGUCUUUCUCUCGACUACGGCCCAUUUGCGUUCAUGGAUAACUUUGACCCGCAGUAUACCCCGAACCACGAUGACCAUCUCCUUCGAUAUUCAUAUAAGAACCAGCCAAGUGUGAUCUGGUGGAAUUUAGUGCGACUUGGAGAGUCCUUGGGUGAAUUGAUGGGCGCUGGCGAUAAGGUAGAUGACGAGACCUUCGUUACAAAAGGCGUAACUGAGGAAUUUGGCAAGGCCCUUGUGCAAAGAGCAGAGAAACUCAUCGAUAACGCUGGUGAAGAAUACAAAGCUGUAUUCCUGAAUGAAUACAAACGACUCAUGUCGGCACGCUUGGCGUUAAAAACCCCCAAGGAAUCUGAUUUCCAGGAGCUGUUCUCAGAGCUACUUGAUACCCUCGAGGCUCUUGAACUUGACUUCAAUCAUUUUUUCAGACAUCUUUCCAACAUCUACCUCGCCGACAUUGACACUAAUGAAAAGAGGAAAGCUAUUGCAAGCAUCUUCUUUCAUAAAGAGGGCGUGGGUGGAAUAGGCAAUACUGAAGAAUCUGCCAGAGAUCGUAUUGCCAAAUGGCUUUCUUCAUGGCGGAACCGUAUCAUUGAAGACUGGGGUAUGGAACCGGAUGAAGAGAGACAGAAAGCAAUGAAGGCGGUUAAUCCGAAAUUUCUGCCACGAUCCUGGAUCCUCGAUGAGGUGAUCCAACAUGUCGAGAACAAGGGCGACCGAGGGAUUCUCGACCGUGUCAUGCACAUGGCCCUGAAUCCAUUCCAGGAGGAGUGGAAUUUGGACAAAGACGAGGAGGAGCGAUUCUGCGGAGAUGUCCCGCAGUUCAAGAGAAUGACUAUGUGCAGUUGCAGUUCAUGA